AUGUUAUUAGAAGAUCAGAGGUUCAUCCAUGAGGAUCUAGAGAGGCUUGAGCAAGGUAUCAGUGACCGCGUUGCUGAAGAGCCUCGCAAUGAGCAGUCUCAACGGCUGUUAGAUAUCUACGAAGAUGCAAACGGGCUUCGCGCCAAAGAGAUCCAGUCUCUAACCGUCGGCGAUCCUAUGGAUGAGUUCUAUAAACACCUGGAAGAGAUAAAGGAUUUUCACCGCCGAUACCCAAAUGAGCCCGUGGAAAAUCUUGAAAAGGCAUAUCGGCAAGGCUCCGGCGAGAACGACGCUGCUAUACAAGAGAUAGAGAAUAUGUUUACUGGAGAGGAAUCACUGGGCCAGUUCUUUGAUCUCACAAAGCUUCAUGAACUAUAUCUCAAUCUACCAGGGGUGAAACGCCUGACGUAUCUGCAAUAUCUGGACCUAUUUGACACAUUUACCCAGCCGGAGUUACCCGUGAAACGAGCCAACAAACUUACGGAUCAGUACUUUAAUUACGUUGGCGAACUCGCUGCAUACCUGGAAGGAUUUAUCAAACGAUCGAACCCGUUGGAACCUCUCGAUGAACUUUUUGCAAGCUUUGAUACCGAGUUUGCAGAGCUUUGGGAGGCAAAGAAACUGCCAGGCUGGACCGAGGAAUCGCAAUCUAAGAACGGUACUGGCCCAAAGACAGAGGGUACAGGAGAGGGAAUAUGGUGUGCGGAUUGUGAAAAGGAGUUUACAAAUGAAAAUGUGUAUAAGAAUCACUUGAAGGGGAAGAAGCAUAUUAGAGCCGCUGAGGCAAAGAAAGCCAAUGGCGACUCUGAGACGCAACAAUCACAGUCCGAAAAAUCCAAAGAUGCCUUGGUCCGUGUGCUGAAAGAGCGCGCAGUUGCAGAGCGUGAGCAUCGCAUUUCAUCCCUAGCAAAGGCCCUCAAGGAAGAACGGCAAGCUACUCGUGUCAAUGUUGAGAGGAAACAGGGAAUGACAGAGCGCGAACGUCAAAUGGAGCUUGAUGCGCUCUUCGCCGACACUGGAGACAAGGGUCCAGGAAAGCGCAGAGACUCUGAGUCAGAGAGUGAUAAUGAUGAAAAGGUCUACAAUCCAUUGAAGUUGCCAUUAGCAUGGGAUGGAAAGCCUAUACCUUACUGGCUGUACAAACUUCAUGGACUUGGAGUGGAAUUUUCUUGCGAGAUAUGCGGGAAUUUCGUUUACAUGGGUCGCCGUGCAUUUGAUAAGCACUUUUCGGAGGCUCGACAUAUCUACGGUUUAAGGUGCCUUGGUAUUACCCAACAGACAAGUUUGUUCAGAGAAAUUACCAAGAUUGAUGAAGCCUUACGACUGUGGGAGACCCUCGAAAAGGAACGAAAGCACGAACGGGAUAUCAAAGAGAAUGUUGUUCAAAUGGAAGACGCCGAGGGCAAUGUCAUGCCUGAACGUAUCUACCUUGAUUUGCAAAAACAAGGCAUUUUGUGA